AUGUCCUCCGCGCUCCUGGGGACCCUCCUGCUCCUCCUGCCAGGAGGUGCCUCGGCAGAGGGCACAGGGCUCCAGCAGAGCCCGGGGCAGCUCUGGGUGCUCCCCGGACAGACGGCGAACCUGAGCUGUCGCAUCCCGGACCACGGCAGCUACGUGAACUGGUACAAGGAGAAGCCAGACGGCACUUUGCACUGGAUUUACCGGAGCUCGAAGUUCUCCUCUCCGAAGGGAAAAUACUCGGGGAGGAUGGAAAACCAGUACGAAUUUUCCCUGGCCAUCAGCCCCGCGCAGAGGGAGGACUCCGGGGUUUAUUACUGCAGCUCGCACACCUUCUUCCCCUCAUUUGGGAACGGGACCAGGCUCGUCGUCACCAAUGCCACCCAGCCCCAGCUCUCCAUCCUGGUGCCCGCUGACGCAGAGGAGCCCGGGCAGCCCCCGGCCGCCAUCCCCCUGCUCUGCCGCCUCCACGACCUCCCUCCGGGCUGGGACACCGUGCGCUGGCAGCCCGGCGGCCAGGAGACGCCGGUGACGGCAGAGGCCGUGGACGAGCGUGGCGUCCUCAGCGCCUGGAGCAUCACCUGGCUCCCGGCCGAGCGAGCCGCACGAACAGGACCGCCAGCGUCGCCAUCGGCAAAGGAGCCGGGGAGGGUAAUUAGUCCAUCCCCCCAACCCCCUGCGGAUCCCGAAGGAUGCCCUUCGUGGCCGCUGACGCUGACGCUGGGGCUGCCCUGCGUCUCCCUCCUUUUCCUGCUCCAGCUGACCAUCCUGCUCUGCAGACAGCGCCUGGCCGGAGCCCACCCCCGCUCCGGGGCCCCCUCGCAGCCCCUUCGCCCCGGCUCUCGCCUCGCCUCCCCCGGCCACCCGCGCGCCCACCCGGGACACCCAGCCGGGAGGUAA